AUGGGGCAUCCAAACAUCAUGUCUUCCAAGGACAUACCUUUCUCGGAGGACGAUAGUGAGUUCGAGAAGCCCCAGGUAGAGACUCCAACGGGGUGCAAGGCGUCAUGUGUGAAGAUCCUUAAGGACAAUCUCUUUAUGAUCCUCAUUCUCGUCGGUGUGGCGGUGGGAUUUGGUCUCGGUUUCGGCCUACGCACUGCUACUAAGUCAUCUAUCGCAGAACAGUGGAUAAAUCUGAUUGGCACUCUGUACAUUAAUGUACUGGACCUAACAAUUCUUCCAUUGAUUGCCUCCAAUCUCAUCAUCGUGAUCUCCAAUAUCAAUCCAAAAGAGCAAGGCCUGACAAGUGUGAUCACACUUGCCUUCAUCAUCGGAAUGAACAUUCUUGCAUCUGCUAUUGGAACAAUCACUUCAGUCAUCAUCAAACCAGGUACGGGCAUUACUAAAUUGGAGAAUGCAACCAAUGAAGAUGAUCCCAACCUAAGGGCAACGGCCUCUGACGUUUUUGCUGAUCUUUUAUUGAACAUAUUCCCCGACAACAUUGUCGCCAUGUGCAUUCAACAAACAAAAACGUAUUACGAAUACAAAGCAGGAACGAAUAAAACAGAAAAAGUGCGCAUUGUCGGGACCGCAUCUUCGAAGGAUCUCAUUGGCAUCCUCAUGGUUUCAAUCGCUUUCGGUUUGGCCGCGAAAGCAGCAGGCAACAAGGGCAAGGCUUUUCUUGACUUCUUCCAAUCACUCUGUGAAGUUACUCUGAAACUGGUCCGAGUUUUCCUCCUGUUAACUCCAGGUGGUGUGUGUUUCAUGAUUGCUGCGGCUAUCAUGGGAGUAGAGGACGUUGCGGGCACCUUCUCCAAAGUGGGCCUGUUUGUGGUCACCGUAACGGCUGGAACAGCUGUGCUUUUCAUCCUGAUUUUGCUCCUCUACUUUGUUACAACUAUGCGCAAUCCCUUCAAGUUCCUCCCACGUACAAUCAAAGCCUGGUUCAUCAGUUUUGCUACAACGUCUCCGAUUGUCUCGCUACCAGAAAUGUUCCAAGGGUGUGAUGAGUUUGACAUUCGACCGGAGAUCUCACGGUUCUUCUGUCCAAUCGCCACUACUAUGAAGUCGGAUGGUCCAGCGAUAUUCAUCUCCUGCGCUUGCAUGUUUGUGGCACAGUUGGAGCUUGAUACCGUACCACCCACCACUGUAGUUGUCAUUUGGCUGUUAACGUCGGUGUCAGUAAUGGCUAUUCCGCAUGUCCCAAGUGCAAGUAUCCUCAUUGCAAUGACUAUUCUGAAUUCCGCUGGCGUUCCAACAAGGAGUACUGUAUACCUCUACGCCAUCGAUUGGCUCCUUGACCGCUUCCGUGCGGGAGUUGCUACAACAGUCACCAUGUAUGGUGCAGCCAUUUUGCAUGCGUAUGACCAAAGAAAAUCAGCGAAGGAAGAUCACGAUUUCAUAGAUGAGAGUGACCAACCUUCUGCCCAGGGGUCCCAGAUUAAGCGUCUCUGGGAUAAAUAG